AUUCAGGCACACUGAGUCUAAAAAUAUUUACAUCUACCUUUUGAAAAGCCACCAUGUGUAACUUUAAAUUAGCAAAUUAGCAAAUGGAAGUCUGGAGUGGGAGCUUCCAGUGUGCUGGUACCUACAUGUACUGAAUAUCCUUCAUGAGAUGCCCACACUGACCCUGACAGCUGAAGGUCCAGUAGAUGCAUUGGACAGCAUGGAGAACAGCCUGACAAGCAGCCGCACACUUCCUCAAACCACUGGAACACCAUCAAACUUGACGAACUUUACUCCGCUGGACUUUUAUUGUCCCACCUUUGGAAUUUCAGUUGAGAUAAUAGUUAACGGCAAAGCCAGUGUAUCGCAUAACUUUAGUGUUCUCCGCGCGUGAAGCCGCCUGGAUCGAUGGAGUUGUGAUUUGGAAGGAUAUUGGUUAGACACCUCGCCAAAGCGCAGAAUAAAAUGGUUUCCGCCCCCAAGGUGCUCCUCGGAGUGUUCGGGUUAGCAGUCGUCGUCAUUUUGAUAGCGGUGCCCACGGCCAUACAUUUGAAAGAAGAGCAGGGAGGCAACAAGAAGCAGAGAGCUUUCACCCUGGAGGAUGUCUUCAACAGCUCACUGCAACCAAAGUCCUACAACAUGAGGUGGAUCUCAGAUCGUGAGUAUCUGCAUAUGUCCCAGGGCUCAGUCUUCCUCACCAACGUGGUCACAGGAACGAACUCAGUGUUCUUGAGCAGAGACGAGUUUAACAAAAAAGGCGCUUAUGAUUAUCAGCUGUCUGCUGACCGCAAAUAUGUUGCAUUCAUGAGCAACCAUUCCAAGCUGUGGAGACAUUCAUUUACAGCUUCAUAUUCACUUUAUGAUUUUGAAGGCAAAUCUUUCACACCCUCUGACAUCCCUGACAAUGUCCAAUACUUUGCCUGGGCUCCUGAAGGGAACAAACUGGCAUUUGUUUGGAAAAAUAAUGUGUAUAUAAAGACCAGUCCUGGGUCGGCGCGACAGCAAGUCACUUUCAAUGGCGAGGAGAAUCAGAUUUUGAACGGGAUCCCGGACUGGGUGUAUGAGGAGGAGAUGUUCUCAUCCAAUCAGGGCCUCUGGUGGUCCCCUGGAGGGAAGUAUGUGGCUUACGCUGAGUUCAAUGACACCGAGGUUCACACCAUAGAGUACUCCUGGUAUGGCGAGAACCAGUACCCCAGCACUGUUUCCAUUCCAUAUCCAAAGUCAGGUACUCCCAACCCUGUGGUGAAACUGUUUGUUGUGGACGCUGACAACAUGAUAAAAAUUACUGAGGUUGUUGUUCCAGCCUCAUUCGGCUCGAGUGAGCACUACUUAGCCACUGUUACUUGGGUGACAGAUGAACGUCUUGCUGUCCAGUGGCUGAAGAGAGUACAAAACCACCUCAUCCUACAGAUCUACAACUUAAGUGGAUCAAAAUGGGAUCCUGUCGAGCAUCUGGAGUUGAACAGUAUCAGCGGUUGGAUUGGACGGUUCUCUCCACCAGAACCAGUUUUUGCCACAGACAAGAACAGCUAUUACCUGUUGAUGAGCGACACCAAAGGGUACAAGCACAUCCAUCAUGUGGUCCAGGGCAAACCUAGAGCAAUCACCUCUGGAGAAUGGGAAGUCAUUGGCAUCCUGAAAGUAACUGCAGAUAGUGUAUAUUAUUCAAGUAACCAAGAGGGCAGUAAGCCAGGAGGAAGGAAUGUUUACAAGUGGACCAAACAAGGGACAGAGUGUCUGACUUGUGCGUUACGUGGAGAAAACUGUCAGUACAACUCAGCCUACUUCAGCCAGAAUGCCUCCUUCUACCGUAUGAGCUGCAGUGGUCCUGGCAUUCCUUACCAUUCUCUCAUGGAUAACAGGAAUAAUAAAGAGCUACGUGUUUUGGAGGACAAUACUGGAUUUAGCAACCUGAUAUCUGACAUCCAAAUGCCCACCAUGCGUCGAGGCAGCAUCAAACUUGAAGGACACAAUCUCUGGUACCAGAUGUUUUUGCCUCCAGGCUUUGAUGAAUCCAAGAAGUACCCUUUGCUAAUAGAUGUGUAUGCUGGUCCCUGCAGUCAGAAAGCAGACUUCAUUUACAGAGUAAGCUGGUCCACCUACCUGGCCAGCACUGAGAAAAUCAUCGUCGCCAGCUUUGACGGAAGAGGAAGCGGUUACCAAGGCGACAAGUUAAUGCAUGCAAUCUACAAACAUCUGGGAACCUAUGAGGUGGAAGAUCAGAUAACAGCUGCCAGGGAAUUCAUUAAAAUGGGCUUCAUUGACACAAACAAAGUUGCUAUUUGGGGCUGGUCUUAUGGUGGAUAUGUAACAUCAAUGGCCUUGGGAUCUGGAAGUGGAGUUUUCAAAUGUGGAAUGGCGGUCGCUCCAGUCUCCAAAUGGGAAUAUUAUGAUUCCAUCUACACAGAGCGUUACAUGAUGGAGCCUUCAGAGAAUUCUCCUGCUUACACUAACUCAACAGUAACUGCCAGGGCCAAGAAUUUCCAUUCAGUGCAGUAUCUUCUGGUUCAUGGAACAGCUGACGACAAUGUUCAUUUCCAGCAGGCAGCUGAGAUCUCUGAAGCUCUUGUGGACGAGCAGGUGGACUUUGAGGCGAUGUGGUACACAGACAAGGACCAUGGGCUUGGUGGCUCUGCCAAUCAACACGUCUACACCCACAUGAGUCACUUCCUACAGAGGUGCUUUGCAUGAAGGCCACUGGAUCACCUAGAUCUUUCAUUGUCUCAUGUGAAUAAAAAAAAAAAUCUUUUUUGGGAUAAAGACUUUAAAUGCAGGCUUGAUUAUUAGUGCUUCAGCUGUCAGGAAAAAGUCCUGAGCAGAAAUGUAAUAAGUAAAAAGUGGUCCACGUCAUAAUGUCAUUCUAUGUCUGUGAAAUUUUGUCUUGCAUAGUUUCAGUCAGAAAAAUUAACAGACUGUUAACUGAUAUUUUUACUUGUAACACAUCUACAUAUCACGUGAUUUAUGUUUUUAAAGUUUGUUUCAUGAAUUCGACUUUUAUAGAGGUUGUUACUUGACCUGUGGAAUAACAUAGAUAUAAUAAUGUGAAGGUUGAAAAUGUUCUGUCAACGUGUAACUGUACUUGGACGUGAAAAGUAUUUACAGUAUUGUAUUAAAUUAAUCACAGAAACACAAUGCACCACAGUGAUUUUGUACAUUUUUACUAAAUGUAUGAGAUUGUUGACUAUUUGAUGUAAUAAUUGUUUUGUAAAAUAAUAAAGGAUUAAAUAAUGAGAA